UCAACAAGAAAGGAACCUGUUGGGCAUGUGACUCGGAUCCCGCCGCGCCAAAGAAACACUGACAUCAAAGUAGUGGGGCGCGUUAGCGCCGGCGCGACCAGAAAGACACACCGACGAGCGCACCAGCACCGACACGACCAAAGACAGCCCGAGCACCGAACGACGAUGUUCGAGUCCAGCGUUGACCAAGUUAGCGAGUGUGGAAAACGACGCCGCGUCUCACCCAUCGAGUGGUCACAUCACAGUCCUAGUCCUAGGUAUAAUAAAAUGCUAAAUGUACUUGUCCUAGGUAGAGGUAUGGUCUAGACUUCUGACAUGUCAGUGGUCAUAUCACCAUGUAACUCACCCACCACCAUGUAGCCUAUAAAUAGGGCAUUUACUCCGGUGGGUGAGGAGAUCGGAUUUUGGAAACUCUAUCUCUAAGAAAACAAUACACUUCUCUCUCUAAAAGACUCUCUCAACUCUUUCCUUCUUUCCCUCCAAAGUCUUGAACUGAUUCCUGUUGCUCAUUCUCCUCGACCCCCUUGUACGUGAAUCUCACUCCUACACUCAGUUAGGUUCAAACAGAACCAAUUUACACGAGGAGAAGGAUGAAGCGAACCGAAAUUGUAGAGUGUCAUAAAAAAAUGAAGAAGAAACUCUUUAUGGGUCGUUUGGAUGGGUUAAUUGUCAAUGUGGUAUUUGUAGAGUCAAAUAACUCUUUUAUUGUUCAUGUAGUAUUUCAGUGGUAAUUAAAAUACAGUAUCUCCGUUUGGUUGAACCAUGCAAAUGUGGUAUUUGACAUGUGAUAUUUGGUAAAAGUAGAGUCAAAUAAAUCACUGUCCAAAUAACUCAUUUCAGUAAAAUGUUGUCAAACGAGUUAUUUGUGUCCAAAUAACUCAAUUAUUUGAACCCAAAUAACUCAUAUAAAUACUUCAUCCAAACAACCCCUAAUAAAAAAAACUGUAUAACUUCAAAGUCCCAACACAUUAACCCAAACGACAAGAAGGAGAUAUGUAAACAUUGACUUCAAAGUCCUAUGCCUCAGCUCAUUCGAUUUUACCAAUUUCUGAAAAAAUAACUAGAACAAAAGAAAAAGGUCCUUUAAUUUGUGGACACUUUCCUAUUGUACCUCAUAGUCCAUAUGCGAUUGAUCCCAGUCAUUUUCAAGUUAAAUGUUGAAUUUUUUUAUAAGUGAAUAUCUAUGAAGUAUUUUUUUCUUAUUCUUUUAAUUAGGGUAUAUCCUAAAAACGCCCUUCUAUUUUGCCUAUUUUCCUCAUCACAACAUUUUUCAUCAAAGAAUUCAUUUGUUGAUGGGGGAGGGUCUAUAAUCCGACCCCCCUAUGGCUAUGGUGGUGCAUAAAGAUUAAAGAAGGAACAAAUUUGACAAGUUUCCUAAUUAAUUGUCGAGUCCGUUACAAUAACUAACAAAAUUUUUGAUGGAAAACAUGAUUUAAACUUUAGAGGCUUGUUUGUUAAGAUUCUAAUUGUAGGAUGGGGUGUAAGUUGAGAAUGGAAGCAGAGGGAUGUGCUUGUUAAAAUAUGCAGAAUAUAAGAGUGUGUUUAGCACAUAAUCCUCUCAUUAUUUAGUUAUCCCUUAAAAAAAUGAAUACACAUAAUAAAAUCAUUUUCUUUCAUAUCCAAAAAUUAGAUAACCCUCACAAAUAUCUCAACAGCUCGAAAACGUAGAAACUAUAUAUAUAUAUAUGUAAACUUUGUCAAAAUUGAGUCCUUUUCAUGGAUCAAGUUGAUAAAUCUUUGAUUUGGACCCUUCAUUAGCACAACUAGGUCUACAUCUCUACCCAUCAACAGUCUGGGAAAACAAUGUUUAUCCCUAACAGAUUCAGGAUAUGCAAGACAUGACUGCCCUACAAUUUGCAUUGUUCUGUUUGGCUAUGUGAUAUUGAUGGUCUAAGAUGGUACAAUCUUUUUAAUCCGGUUCUCCAACCAUUGUGUUUUCACCAAAGCCGGUUACCGCCUUCCGGGCCCAGCUGCUGAGGUAAGAGGCAAAGGAUCCACUUGAUGAAUAAUAACCAUCCGAUAUCAAAUCCCAUCUCGUCUAUCUAUCGUAAUACGUCCGGAUGCCAAAGCUUCCUAAAUAUAUUGAAGCGAGGAAUACUAGGAUCAGAGCGCUAGCAUCCCGUUGCUCUCUAUCGAUUGCUCACUAGUCACUGCUGUCUCAUACGAACAAAAGAAGGAAUAUCCUAGGGCCUACGAAGCCCGUAUAGACUUCCUUUGGUCAAGGGCCCAAUACCAACAUCAUCUUUUGUGGGUGUGACAAAUUGGGCCGCUGUUAAGGAUCGAACAGUAAAUGGACCGGAUUCUCUUUAGUUGGGCUUUCGUGGAUCAUACACACUACCCAGCUCGGUGGCGGUGAUUUAAUAACUGUUGAAAUAAAAUAUUGGAACUGGUGUAUGUAUACAAAUAAUUGAGCCACCCAAAGUCAUGUUGCCGUUAGAAUUUUGUUAUAUAUGUAGUUUUUUUUUAAUUCAUGUACCGUUGCAAGUUGCAACGAAGAGUAAUGGGAUCUGGAAUAAUGGGUUCGUGGAAUAUCCUUUCUUGAGAGGAGCAUCAGAUUGCAGGCAGGCCGUUAAUUUCUAUUUUCUACCUAAUCCGUGCUUUUAGACUUAUUUAUAAGAUAUGGAUCUUUCUCAACAAUUCGAAUUGUGUUGGUACCAAUUGAUUUAGUUCUUAAUACGAUUUCAGAGUCUUCUUUAUUCAAAAGGGGUUAUCUUCGAUUUCAAACAUUUUUACAGGGUGAUCCUCUGCACUCAUAUGAUCUUACGAUCAAAAUAAUGAUAUUGUAAGUCCAUGAUACUAAGACAUGUACAAACUUUCAUGCUCAUAAGAGUUAACGAAGCAAAUGUGAAGUAUGACGUAAGAUUUGUUGUGGCUGAAAGAGUGAUUAAAAAGUUGAUCCAUCGUAUCAUAACCAUAUUUUUCAAUUUAUCAUACUAUAAUUUGGACAUGGAGAAACUGAAAACUGGCAUGCUGUAUGUCUCUUGUAGAUGCCAAAAAAAUUAAGAAAUAUCAAAGUGAUUACAAGCAAUGUAUAUAAAUAUGCCCAAUUAGUAGCACGCAUGAUUGGCGAAAGUACGUCAUUUGGCAUGCGGCCAGCCAUUUUCUCCUCCAGUGUCACAUAUACCCGUGGUCAUUGGUUCUAUAAUUUUCAAAUGCCUUUGCAAUCCAUGAUUAGUUGUUAUGUAUACAAAUAAGAUGAGGUGUUGGGUUUUUUUUACUUCAACUCUAUUUAAACGAACGAGACUUGUGAGACGAGCAUAUCGAUCACGAUACUUAUAAACUAAAGCUUAACUCGAAAGGACAAGUGCUAGGACCAUUUGACAACUUACACAUUGAGUCUGGCCAUGUCUUAAAUUCCUUGACACAUUCUUCUCGUCAAGUUUAGCCUCAAUUUGGUAGGGGCAUAAAUUACAAUGUUAUGGUGAUAAUGUGAGGUGUGGAACAUGAACUGAUGAACGGGCUGAUAAGUGACAUGCCGAUCGAGCAGUUGGCGGCCCAUUGGCCUUUUCCCAUAAAAGAUAAAUCCAAUCCAGUAGCAGUACAAGUCACUUUCCAAUACCAACAAGAAGACUCAAAAGAGAGAAAAAGAAAAAAGGGAAAUACGAAAAGCCGAUCUUGUCCCUGCCCUGUCAUCAUUAGGUGGAAGCCUGGGACACUUUUAUCUUCUCGUCGUUUCUUUCUAGUCACGGCGCACGAGCUUCAUGACCAUUCUGGCCCACGUUUUCACGGCAGCUGGUUUUGGUUUUACCGUUUUGGAAACUCCUAGAAGCUCACGGUCCGUUACUGGUCUUGCUUUCCAAUUCUACCCCUCUCCUUCUCAAACCAGUGGGUGAACCAAGUAUGAUCAAUCUUAUCGUAAGUCGUAAUUCUAAAUAGAUUAAGUCUCAAAUGACAAAGAAAGAUAUGUGAUCAAGGAUCAAAACAAAUGACGGAUCACAAUUUUUCAUAAUGUAUAUUGUAAUUCAGUCGUUUAAAAGUUAAGACUAUCGAGCGAGGUCGAACUGAUGAGCGAUAUACAGCGCAAUAGGCAUUACGCAGCACGGGCAAAAAUCAAUAAAUCAGGGUAAACCAGUAAUAAAAAAAAAAAAUUAAGAGGGAGGAAUUAAACACAAGAGGAGGAGCGACGUAUUCUCCAAGUCAGAGAGCACAGAGAGGAAGUUUAAUUUUUUUUACCGUGAGCAAAAAGCCAAAGAAAAAACGCGAAACAGCGACAAUUUCGAUGCCCUUCCCUCACCCACCUUUCUCCCCCCGCUCCCCAAUAUAUAAACCCCUAACCCCUUCACCGUUUUCCCCCACCUCGUCUUUCCCACAGUUUCCGAUCUCGCUCAAUCCUCUCCUCUUCAGCACCUAAUCCUCUCCGUCGCCUCACCAUGUCUUGCUACAAGGGCAAAUACGCCGAUGAGCUUGCUCGCAAUGCUGCCUACAUUGGCACUCCCGGAAAGGGAAUUCUCGCUGCUGAUGAGUCCACCGGCACCAUCGGCAAGCGUCUCUCCAGCAUCAACGUUGAGAAUGUUGAGGAGAACAGGCGUGCUCUCCGUGAGCUCCUCUUCACUGCCCCCGGUGUUCUCCAGUACCUAAGUGGCAUUAUCCUCUUCGAGGAGACCCUCUACCAGAAGACCAAGUCAGGGAAGCCCUUCGUUGAUGUCAUGAAGGAAGCUGGAGUCCUCCCCGGUAUCAAGGUCGACAAGGGCACUGUGGAGCUUGCUGGAACCAACGGUGAGACCACCACCCAAGGGCUUGACGGCCUUGCUGCGAGAUGCGCCAAGUACUACGAGGCUGGUGCCAGAUUCGCCAAGUGGCGUGCUGUCCUCAAGAUCGGCCCCAAUGAGCCAUCCCAGCUGGCCAUCAAUGAGAACGCCAAUGGCCUUGCCCGGUAUGCCAUCAUCUGCCAGGAGAACGGCCUGGUGCCCAUUGUCGAGCCCGAGAUCCUUGUCGACGGCCCCCAUGAUAUCGACAGGUGCGCCGAUGUCACCGAACGUGUCAUUGCUGCCUGCUACAAGGCCCUCAACGACCACAAGGUCUUCCUCGAGGGAACCCUCCUGAAGCCAAACAUGGUGACCCCUGGAUCCGACUCCAAGAAGGUGUCACCCGAGGUGAUUGCUGAGUACACUGUCCGUGCCCUUCAGAGGACCAUGCCUGCUGCAGUCCCUGCUGUUGUGUUCCUGUCCGGUGGACAGAGCGAGGAGGAAGCCACUGUCAACCUCAACGCAAUGAACAAGCUCCAGACCAAGAAGCCAUGGACCCUGUCCUUCUCUUUCGGCCGUGCCCUCCAGCAAAGCACCCUCAAGGCUUGGGGUGGCAAGGAGGAGAACUGGAAGAAGGCUCAGGAUGCUUUGCUCACCAGGGCCAAGGCCAACUCCGAGGCAGUGCUCGGGAAGUACAAGGGCGAUGCCACCCCUGCUGAGGGAGCUUCGGAGAGCCUCCACGUCAAGGACUACAAGUACUGAGCAGCUGAAAGGUCAGGUCCUUCGGCUUGGUCUCAGGGCGUUUAGCUGUUUUUAGGGCUUCGGUUGUUUCCCUCUUUUCUCCCUGCGAUUAACAUUUAGGUUUUGGAAAAUGAAAGAAACAGAAAGAAUAAGUGGGGUAAGCUUUUUUUGUUGUUGUUGAGUGUUUGAUCACUUUUGGGACAGUUUCUUCUUCGGCUUUAAGGAGGCAUUUCUGUGCUUGUUAUGGUUUGCUUCUAAAAACUUGGUAUCUACAUUUCUGGUUGUAUUUACUAUUUUGUGGUGACGUUUGAGUUUAAUAGAGUCGGCAUCUUUUUUAAAUCAUUGCGCAGUUGCUGUAUGUACCUCUUACCAUGGCCAACCUUCUUGUGUGGAUUACUACUGGUCGGCCGAGGUAUAAGCUUCCAUUGCUUUGAAGGUUGAUUGGCGCUCUGGUUACUUGUUGUCAUUGUUGUGCUUACGAUGAAUAUGUCACUCGUGUCCUUAGAGGUAAGGUAUAAGCUUUUGUUGCUUUGAACUUCCAAGGUUGAUUGUCGCUUUGGUUACUUGGUAAUAUUGCCACCGGUCACUGUAGUUGUUGUGCUUACGACGAAUAUGCCACUCUUGUCCUUGGAGACAUAAGCUUUUGUUGCAUCGAAGGUUUAUUGUCGCUCUGGUCACCUGGUAAUAAUGCCACCAGUUGCUAUAGUUGUUCUCCUUGCUACGAAUCUGCCACUCGUAGUUGAUUGUCGCCUUUGUGGCAAUGCAAAUCCCCUAUGCUUGCAGUUGUAGAAGCAGCGGCCUUCUGUUCCAGAGGUUACUUGUUACAAACCUGCACAGAACAAGAAUUUAUGUUAGCAGGAGUGUGAAGGGAUGCAAGUCUCGUCGGCUUUGGUUAAGAGGAUUGAUGUAUUUGUUGGUCCUUUUGCGAGUAGUUUUUCAUAAGCUGGCGAUUGAAUCGAGGUCAUGGACCGGAUGUUACACCAAUGAAGGCUAGGAAUGGAAACAUUUGUUAAGAAUCAAAGUUUCGUGAUCAAUUUGUAAUUUGUUUGAAAAUCUGAUGAUGGGACUAGUGCAGUCCAAGUCGUUAAAUGGGCUUCUAACAGGGGAAAAAAAAUUAAACGGCCCGCGGUCCACAUGGUGGCAACUAAUGUCACUCUCCAUCGUAUUUGGCCCUGGAUACUAAAGCCCAUGAAAUCAUAUCGCCCAAAGGAGCGCCGUUAGCCCGCUCAAAGAGCAGAAACAGAAAAAAAUGAAAAGAAAACACAAAAAUAAUGGCCCAUACAGGUCUCGAACCUGUGACCUUCGCGUUAUUAGCACGACGCUCUAACCAGCUGAGCUAAUAGGCCAGUUGUUUUUUUUGUCAUUGUUAUUUUAUUAAAGUUUCAAAUUUCAAACCAUCUGAACCCCAUUCAUGGGGAAUGUAAGACUCUGCAGGUAAAGCGCACAACACAAUGUUUAUAAUAUAUACACAGUGCAUGCACGAGCAUGACUAUGCAUGAAGUAAUCAUCUAUAAUGUACUGUCAGCUGCCACACAAAGACUAGUCAGUUAAGUGUAAAAGCCGAGAAGAUAUGAGGUUUGGAAAGAGUCAAUUUGGUCACAAGGGUGUUCGUCAACUCUGUAAGUCCAAGCACUCGUCUUUCCAGUCAUAUGGGAAGAGUAAGCAUGUGUUAAAUUGGGGAAAACUAAGAAAGAUGACAACACCUGACCCCUUUGACGAGGCCAAGGAGUUGAGAAUGCCUAAUGUACCAUUUGGUACGAGGCAAACACAUCAGGUUCAACAUGAACCCAACAUGUCUAGUAAGGUGGCUAAGGCAGAGGAUCAGAGGACCCCUUGCAAGCCCACCAAGGCUAGGGAUGGCAAUGGGUCGGGUUGGGUCGGGUUUUGCCAAACCCAAACCCAUGGGUUUAUCCGUGAAAAAAACCCGGGGUAAAACCCACUGGGUUUGAAAAACUCAAACCCAACCCAACCCGCUGGGUAUCCACGGGUUUUUGUCGUAAAAAAUUCACAAUAAAAAA